AUGGUAACAAAACACCAGAUUAAAAAGGAUCAUUCAGAUGAAGCUGCGACGGAUCCAGAAGUGAAACGGGUGAAAUUAGAAAACGAUGUUGAGGAACCACGGUCUGAACAAGCUGGGCCCAAUAGACAAGAAACCGCCAGCAAAGAGGAUAAAGGAAGCUUUGAAAAAGAAACCGAACGGAUUGGAGGAUCUGAAGUGAUUACAGAUGUGGAGAAGGGAAUUGUCAAAUUUGAAUUCGAUGGUGUUGAAUACACAUUCAAAGAGAGACCCAGUGUCGUCGAGGAAAACGAAGGGAAAAUUGAAUUCAGGGUAGUAAAUAAUGAUAAUACUAAAGAGAAUAUGAUGGUUCUCACAGGGUUAAAAAACAUUUUUCAGAAGCAGCUACCAAAAAUGCCCAAGGAAUAUAUCGCCAGGUUGGUCUAUGACCGAAGUCACCUCUCCAUGGCUGUCAUUAGGAAGCCAUUGACGGUUGUAGGCGGCAUAACAUAUAGACCCUUCGACAGAAGGGAAUUUGCGGAAAUUGUUUUCUGUGCCAUCAGCUCCACAGAGCAGGUUCGUGGGUAUGGUGCGCAUCUAAUGAACCACUUGAAGGACUAUGUCCGGAAUACCUCUAACAUAAAAUAUUUUCUGACAUACGCAGAUAACUAUGCCAUUGGUUAUUUCAAGAAGCAAGGUUUCACCAAAGAAAUCACGCUGGAAAAAAGUAUAUGGAUGGGGUAUAUCAAAGAUUACGAAGGUGGUACGUUGAUGCAAUGUUCCAUGUUACCAAGAAUACGAUAUUUGGACGCGGGUAAAAUUCUCUUGCUACAGGAGGCGGCACUACGAAGGAAAAUAAGGGCAAUUUCUAAAUCGCAUGUUGUGAGGCCUGGGCUAGAAGAAUUCAAAGACUUAAACAACAUCAAACCGAUUGAUCCGAUGACAAUUCCCGGUUUAAAAGAAGCCGGUUGGACUCCUGAAAUGGAUGCAUUGGCGCAACGUCCCAAACGUGGUCCUCAUGAUGCAGCGAUACAAAAUAUACUCACCGAACUCCAAAAUCACGCAGCAGCCUGGCCUUUCUUACAACCCGUUAAUAAAGAGGAAGUCCCUGAUUACUAUGAUUUUAUCAAAGAACCGAUGGACUUGAGCACCAUGGAAAUCAAGUUAGAGAACAAUAAAUACCAAAAAAUGGAAGAUUUCAUAUACGAUGCCAGACUGGUGUUCAACAAUUGUCGAAUGUACAAUGGUGAGAAUACAUCAUACUACAAGUAUGCUAAUAGGUUGGAGAAAUUUUUCAACAAUAAAGUGAAGGAAAUUCCUGAAUAUUCUCAUCUGAUUGAUUAA